AUGGAUGAUGCCAAUUUUACCGGUGAGACUGUGCAUGCAGGUGCAACACCUGGCAGCGCGUCUGCGGAAACGACCUCACAUAUCGAGUCAAUGGAUGAUGACCUCUCACUGCCAGUCCCAUCGGAGGUGUACGAUCCUCUCGAUUCGAGUGAACUCAAUGAUAUACAAGUCGGCGUGAGGUUGCUGGGGCAUUACCAUGACGACACAGAUCGACGAUCAUUUAUGUCUGAGUUGCAUUUUCAAGGUGUGCCGGUAUUCAUGCCGAAUCAUGGCUCGAUUGUUCGGGACUACGCCUCGCCGGCAGGGUUCUGGUCUCAUAUGGUGGAGAGAAAGAUGAUCGCAGAGGCUUUGGGCUAUGGUGAUGGCACAUGGAAGCGAAUGGCGGUGAGUUUCUGCUACGCUGUUCCUUCCCAACAAUGCAUGACAGUCCCGAUGACGGGGCGGGACGGCGAAGCCAAUGCUGUGAUACCGUUGUAA